CAAGUCAUUUAAUUUAAAUUAAAUAAAACAGUUGAUUAAUUUAAAAAGUUAAUUUAAGUUGUGCUGAAUCAACGAGUGCAAAUAUUGAUAAAAAGAGAUUUUUCAAUUUUAUAAAUAUAAUAAAUUAUAAGUAUAAUAAAUAAAAUUACAUGUGAAUAAUCUAUUGUAGUGCGAAGUUCAAGUGGAUGUCGUAGAUUGUGUGUUUCAUGAAAGAGUGUUUAUAUGCGUCAUCGAUCGAUCAGAACACUUGCAGCAGCGUGUCGUUGCCAGUUACCGUGUUAUUUAAAUUGCAUUAGCCUCGAUGUCAUGACUUGAGACAACGAUUGAACAAACUAUCGAUUGUUUUACGAUACCCAAGACGAGCUCACGUGUGUGGAAAAAAUGGGUGGCUACAACAGAAGCAUUUUUACAUACGAUACGCUCGUACACGCGAUAUCCGGUGCAGCAGGUAGUGUUAUUGCGAUGGCGGCCUUCUACCCGCUGGAUACUGUGCGAAGUCGUUUACAACUGGAAGAAGGACGACAGUCAAAACAUACAUUAGCGAUUAUACGAGAACUUGUUGCGAAAGAAGGACCGUACACUCUGUACAGAGGUAUUAUUCCCGUUCUACAGAGUUUAUGUGCGAGCAACUUCGUUUAUUUUUAUACUUUUCACGGUUUGAAAGAGCUGAGAAGCAGAAGAAGUCAGACGGCUGGUAGCGAUUUACUUCUUGCAUCGAUAGCUGGUGUCAUCAACGUUCUCACCACGACUCCUCUAUGGGUCGUAAACACGAGAUUGAAGAUGAAAGGUGUUGGCGUUGUGACAGAAAAAAACAACAAUGAAUAUACUACUUUGUGCGAUGGUCUUUUGCAUAUAUGGAAAUAUGAAGGUUUAAAGCAGUUGUGGGCAGGAACGUUGCCUAGUCUCAUGCUUGUCGCAAAUCCCGCGAUUCAAUUUAUGACAUAUGAAAGCAUGAAGAGAAAAGUUGCUGUGGCUCUCAGCGGCAGACAAACACCAGCAUGGAUCUUCUUCGUUAUAGGCGCGAUAGCGAAAACGAUAGCCACGUCGUUAACAUAUCCUUUGCAGCUUGUGCAAACAAAGCUCAGGCAUGGACACAAGUAUCCUAAUCUACCUCCGAAUGCAGGCACGAUACAAAUAUUAUUCUAUAUUCUGAAAAAGCAAGGUAUAAGCGGUUUGUACAAAGGAAUGGAAGCCAAACUUCUGCAGACUGUUCUCACAGCAGCUUUGAUGUUCCUUACUUACGAAAAGAUCGCGCGAUUUGUUUUCCGUAUAUUUUUACAUAGACCUAUGCUCAGAUAAUAAUUUGUCUUUGACUGUGACUAGAUUCUAAUUUUUACAUAAUUUAAUUAUUUGAAACAUAUAAUACAUUAUAUAUAUAAUAUCUCAAUAUAUGUGGUAUAUGGUAUCGUUGAUGUAUGUAAUAUAUCAAAAAAAUAAAAAUAUCAAUAUAUAAAUUAUCAAUUAAUAGCAAGUUUUGUAUACGCUAUCUCAUAUUGAGUCAGAAAUAAUCAUACACGAAGUAAGUGACGAAACAAUGAAUCGAAAAUUUCGAUAAUAGAAUUAGAAUGUGCGAUUUAUGAUUUUAUAUAAUAUGACGCACACGUCAGAGAGAAAUGAUUACUCGAGAGAUAAAAUUUACAAAAAAUAUCCUCGAGAAAAUGUAAAUGUAUAUACAUGCUCGCGUGAGACACUGGCGAGGAGUUCACGAAAAUUACAGCAUUGCUUUUGACCGCAAUUUCGAUACAAGUUGAAUCUCUCGGUGUCGCCGCGUCUGCAAACGCGGAAGGCAAAGACGGGAAAGCAGAAUGAAGAGGUAGAGCACGUAAAUGUCACCGCACGUCGCACUUACUCACACAAGAUCGAUCGCAAGCGAUCUGAGGCGAUAUUAAAACUGUUAGCUAAACUCAAAAUACGAAAAUCAUCUAAAAGCCAAUCACGGCCUGAUGAUUUCAAGUCUAUGAUUUCCAACAACAUUGUCAAACAUGGUGGAGACAUGAUGAACCCAUCAUCCGGUCGCAAAAAUACAA